AUGGUAUACAGCGGGGCCGUUGAUAGAAUAAUCGGUAGGCCGCCACCAGUAACUGGAGACGUUGUUCUUGUAACUGAUGGGACAGAAAAGCCAAUUGGCUGGGGUUUAUAUAACUCAGUCUCUAUGUUCUGUGUCCGCCUAAUGCAGCUGGAAGAUGAAGCAACUCGAGACCCUUGUUGUGCUCUGGAUGUCGAGAAAUUGCUCGAAACUAGAAUAACGGAUGCUGUUGCGUUACGAGAGCGGGUUGGGCUUCCUUCAGCACAAACAAAUGCAUAUCGUCUUGUUAAUAGUGAAGGAGAUAGGUUGUCUGGCCUCAUCGUUGAUAUAUUUGGAUGUGAAGCAGUGAUAGCCUCUUCGGCUGCUUGGGUUGAAAAGUACAAGGAACAAAUAAAAGAUCAUAUCAGCAAAAUUAGCAAUGUGGACCAUAUAACAUGGAGGCCAUCGGUGGAUAUCUUGAAAGAGGAAGGGUUGGAUUUGUCUGAUUUGGAGGGUGUAAAUCUAUCGAAUUCUCCCAGAAUGGCAAAGGCAGUGGAGAAUGGCCUUUCCUAUUUAGUCUCUUUGGAGGGGCAAAAAACUGGCUUCUAUGCAGAUCAGCGUGAUAACCGUCAGUAUAUAUCAUCAAUUUCCAGGGGUCAGAAAGUACUCGAUAUAUGCUGCUACACUGGAGGUUUUGCUCUUAAUGCAGCUAGUGGAGGUGCUCUUAGUGUGACUGGUGUUGAUUCAUCUGCUCCUGCUAUCGAAAUUGCCAAGGAAAACGUUGUUCUGAACAACCUUGACUCUCAAACAAUAUCUUUUCUAAGAGAAGAUGCUACACAUUUUAUGAAGGAUUCACUUUCUAAAGGCUAUUCAUGGGAUAUAGUUAUUCUGGAUCCACCGAAACUUGCUCCACGGAAAAAGGUAUUACAAAAUGCAUCUGGCAUGUAUAGGAACUUAAAUUCCUUGGCAAUGCAAAUAACGAGAAGAGGUGGACUGUUAAUGACUUGCUCGUGCUCUGGAGCUAUGACCCAAAGUGGGACUUUCCUCCGUGUUUUACAGGGUGCUGCAUCGAUGGCUGGUAGAAAGAUUACAAUAAUACGGCAAGCUCGUGCAGGAUGUGAUCAUCCUUUGGACCCUUCAUAUCCAGAGGGGGAAUACCUCUCCAAUGUUUUACUCAGAGUGCUGUGA